AUGGUAGGAGAGACAAGUGGCAAGAACUUUACUCUCCUUCAUCCAACGGCGGAUGUCCAAUCUGCGGUGAAGCACGUCGUUCGCGCUUCGUUCGAGUACCAGGGUCAAAAGUGUUCGGCAACGUCUCGCCUGUACCUUCCAGAGUCUCGAUCGAAGGAGUUCAUCGACACGUUGGUCGAUGAUGUGAAGGGUAUUACUCAGGGUAACCCACACGAAGAUCUCGCCGCCUUCAUGGGCCCAGUCAUUCACCGUCGUUCAUUCGAAAAGAUCAAGGCUGUCAUCGACGAAAGUAAUCAGGAUUCUUCGCUCAAGCUUCUGGUUGGUGGUACUUAUGAUGACUCUGAAGGCUUUUACAUCAAGCCAACCGUCUACCUCGCAGACUCGCCAGACCACAAGCUUUUCAACUAUGAAAUCUUCGGUCCUGUACUCGCAAUAUACGUCUACCCUGAUGCGGAGUGGAACCAGGUUUUAGAGAAGGUUGAUCAAGCUGGUGGUAAUUUCGCGCUCACGGGUGCUGUUUUCGCCAACUCUCGUAUCGCUAUCCGUGAGGCGGAAGACGCGCUACGCUACUCUGCUGGCAACUUCUAUAUCAACUGCAAGACCACCGCCGCGCUCAUUGGCCAGCAGAGCUUCGGCGGAAGUCGCGCAAGUGGAACCAACGACAAGGCAGGCUCUUCGAACCCAAUGUUUCGGUUUGUCUCUCCACGGCAAAUCAAGGAGGAGUUUUUCCCGGUCGUUGACUACCGUUACCCUUCAAACAGCUGA